AUGGGAUGCACGCAAUCUAAAGUAAAUGAGCCUAAAAUUUGUGAACCUAAUGAUGUAGAAAAAAAAAAUGAAGAAAAUAACGUUAAUGAGAAAAAAAACGAAACUACCCAACCUUCUCCAGUUACUCGUAAGGAGUUAGAUGUAAAGCCACCACCUGUUAAAGCUAUACCUAAGAUUGUUCCGAAAGCUAUUCCAAAAAAAGGGGCAUAA